AUGGCAACAUCGGUAGAGAAGGCUCCAACAGAUACGGUAGCGAUCGGUGACGAGGCGCUGAAGGAUCUGAUGGCUUUGUGCGAUGCUGACGAAGAGGGUUGGAAAGAACUUUGGACCGAUGACGGGAUCGUCUUCCACACUAAGAAAGGCACUGAACCUUGCGUUGUGGAUAUUAUUCGAUGCCGUUUCACACUUGAGGUAGGUAAAGGGUUAGAGGAUACCGAUCUCGCAACAGUAAAGGCUAUGGUUAGUCCAUGGCUUCCGUAUCGCAUUCAAUGGGAUGACAUCUUGCAGAGAUGUGAACACUUACAAGAACUCGACAAAGGUUACCAUAUGAUACAUCAUGUAACCAAGAAACGAUUCCCACUUUCUUCCAGGGAUUCGGUGGAUGUCGUGGCCACGCAGCUCGAACCGACUCGAGUGCUAAUGGUUGCCAGAAGCGUUCCCACAGCUGGACCAGCUCCUACGUCAGAUGUUGUACGUACAUAUCAGCAUAUCGGUGGAUAUUGCUUCUGUACCAGUGGUGAACGUAUGUUUAUUUUUGAAAACUAUGGAAUAUUCAAUAUUUUUCUGCAAUCAAUUCUCGAGAAUUCAAAUGAUGAUAAGGGGUGUAAUCUGAAGGAGUUUUAG